AUGCCCAGCAGCUCAACCACUGCAUGCCUCGCGGCGGCUGCCGUGGCGGGUCUCACCGUUCCCAGCUUUGUUCCUGCCGGAACUCAAGGUCUCCGCAGCCCCAAGGUGCAAUCUGCACGAGGCUCCCAAGCCACAGGCCCUUACAGCACUGGCGCAGUGGUUGGUGCAGCUGCCGUGGCUGCCUUUGGCACGGUGGCGGCGCAGCGCCCGGCACGCACGGCACAGAAGGCGGCUCGUCGCGACCUGGCCGUGGCCUACGAGGAUUCUGGCAUCGACCUCCUUGACAACGGCAAGUUCGCGCAGGGCCUGGUGGGCGCCGAAGGUGCCUGGGGGCGCUUCGAGUUCGACCCCUUGGGCUUCUCCACGAAGACGGAGGUUGUUCCCUACCUCCGCGAGGCAGAGUUGAAGCACGGCCGCAUCGCGAUGCUUGCAUGGCUCGGCAUGGUUGUGCCGGACUUCGUCCGCCUGCCGGGUGAGAAGUUCUCCUUCGAGGCGGUGCCAGUCUCCAUCGAUGCUCACGAGGCGUUCCGUGGUGCCACCGGUGUCAACGCACAGAUCUUGUUCUGGAUCAGCAUCGUGGAGUUCUGCUGCGCAAAGAAGGUCUUCGAGUGGAACUCUCUCGAGGUCGCCGGCGACUAUGGCCUGACCAACUGGUUCCCCAGCGAUGAAGAGGGCCAGAAGAAGAUGCGUCUGGCCGAGCUCAAGAACGGGCGCCGCUAG